AUGUUUUCAUUUGAUUCUCAUCAAUCAAGUGAUAAUGAUUUCGAAUCGAUAACUCGUAUUUUUAAUGCUAGUUCAUUACUUCAAUGUCCAUUAUGUAAAAAAGAUAUUCAAGAUCCACGGAUACUUUGUUCAAAUGGACAUACAUUCUGUCAUAACUGUAUCAAAGAGGCUCUACCUGCUGAUGGUGUUCUUAAAUGUCCUACUUGUCAUGAAGCACGUCGUCUAUCGAGUGUUCAAGAAGUUGGACAAUUAACAAAAAAUCAUACAUUAUUAACAUUAAAAAAAGCUGAACAUCAUCGUCUUGCACAAUUAGGUAUAUGUGAAUUAUGUAAUAAAAAAACAGCUUAUGGUCGAUGUUAUCAUUGUCGAUCAUUAGCUUGUUUUAAUUGUAUGGAUGAACAUGAACGAAAUCUUGCUAAUGAACAAGCAAAAGAAUAUGCUGAAUUAAUUAAAAUACGUGAUAAUUUAAUAGAAAAAUUAUCUCAUUGGGAUAAUAAAUUAAAUGAAUCAAAAGAAAAUAUUCGUCAAUUGAUUCAUAAUGAUGCUGAAAAACAAAUCAAAGAAAUUCAAGAACGAGAAAAAACUUUAUAUACACAAUUAGAUGAUCUUCAUCAAAAUUAUCUAACAACAAAAAAUUCUAAAUUACAAAAAUUAAAAUUUGAUAUUGAAAAAGAUUCAAAUGAAUUAGAUAAAGUUGAUCCAAAAAAUUGGAAUUUAUCUGAACGACAACAUUUAACUCAACAUUGGCUUGAUUUACAACGAAAAUUUGAUGAUCAACAAAUUAGUUUUAUUUAUAAAUCUAAUACAACACCAAUAAAUCAUUCUUAUCUAGGUGAAAUUCAUCUUAAAACAGCAAAUCAAGAUAAUGAACAUUUAAAAGUAGCUCGUCUACCACAACAACAUACUCCAUUACUUGAUCCAUUUGAUUAUCAAGAUGGAAUAUAUCGAUCUAAUCAAAUGAUCAGUGGACGUGAAUCAAAAACAAGAACAAGAAAACGUAUGAUUGUAACUGAACAAAAUCCAACAGCAAAUUCUAAUAUAUUUUUAACUCAACCAAUACCAGCAUAUUAUGAUAAUGAUCAUGAAGGUGCUUAUCGUGGUACAGGUUAUUCUGUUAAAUUUAGUACUAAAAUUGAUGGUUCAACAUCAAGAAAUCGUUCAAGACUUGAUGAUCAUCAUCAAAUAGAACAAGAAGGUAAUGAAUAUGCUGUAAGAAAAGUUCUUCGUUCAAAUCAACCUUAUAAUUUAAAUUUAUCAAAUGCUUUUGAACAACAAUCACAAAUUGAUGAUAAUACAGUAUUAACACCACGAAUGCCUGUAUCACAAAUACAUCUUAAUGAAUAUAGUAAAAAAGCAAUACAAGUUUUAACAGGUCCAAAUGAUGUUGAUAAAUUUCUUGCACCUAAAGCUAUUGUUGUUACUGAUACAAAUCAUUUAUUAAUUGCUGAUACAAAAAAACAUCGAAUCAUUGUAUAUGAUCUUAAUUUAAGAACAAUGCGUGGUCUUAAAGGUUUUCUUUUUCCUGAUGGACUUUGUUUAGCUGGUGAACAAUUUGUUAUUAUAACAGAUCGUCAUCGAGUUUCAAAAUAUGAUUGGUUUAAUGGAAAAAUGAUUAAUUUUAUUGGAAGUAAAAAAGAAGGUUGUACACAAACAUCAUUUUCAUGGCCAAAAGGUGUUGCUAUUGAUAAUAAUUAUAUAUAUGUAUGUGAUUCUUAUAAUUCACGUAUGGUUGUACUUAAUCAUCAUAUGAAAUAUAAUAAUGAAUGGAUUAUUAUGCGAGGUUCAAAAAAACUUGAUCCACAAUAUAUUUCAAUAUCAAAUAAUUUACUUUAUGUAACAGCAUGGCAAAGAAUUAAACCAGAAUCAUGUGCUUAUAAUGCUGGAUGUAUUAUUGUUUAUGGUUUAGAUGGUAAUGUACAACGAUUUAUUGAUACAGAUGCACAAUCUUAUCUUAAUUUAAGUAUACCAGAAGGUAUUAUUUGUGAUAGUUCAAAUCAAUUGAUUCUUGCUGAUCGUUAUAAAUCAAAAAUUUUAGCUAUGCAUGAUGGUAAUCAAGAACAAGUUAUUCAUUUUCGUGGUGAUAAAAUGAAAGCACCACAUUAUGUUUGUUUUUCUAAUGAUCAAAAUAUAAUGAUUGUUACUGAUGUUGGAAAUAAUACAGUACAAUUUUAUGAGAAAAACAAAUAA